AUGGCAGAACCAUACGCGAGUCCAGGCUGGUCAGGCCUCGCCAUCGAUCUCCUGAUCCACGUCGUUCAACUCCUCGAGCUUCCGGAAGCUCUCGCCUUCCGCGCCGUCUGCCCGUUAUGGCGCUCUGCCUCCACGGCCGCCGCCGGCGUGCCGCGUACUCGCCAAACGCCAUGGCUCGUGUCCUUGGUGACGGACCCACUUCCCAGAGAGAAGCAGAGUCGUAGGGCAUGGGAUCCAAGCGUUUCUUUCAAGUUCCUUAACGUCCCGGACGAGAAAACGUAUCAGGUCAGCCUCCCCCAGGGCAAGGGCAAGGGCAAGGCCGUGGCCUUGUGCGGGGCCUCCCACGGCUGGCUGGUCCUGGCCAACGAACUCUCCAACCUCGUGCUCUACGACCCCUUCGCCAUGACCACCAUCCCGCUGCCGCCCAUCACCGGCUUCUCCAAGUGCAUCCAGGGGGUCUACGGAGACGACGACGGCGGGAACCUGGAGGGCUACCGUUAUCUGUUUUACCGUGGCGGCGACGCUACUUACGACGUGGUGGCUCCCGGCAUGACCUUUUAUGACAAGCUCGUGCUGUCCGGCUCUCCAUCUACUGCAGCCAGCGCCAUCGCUCUGGUCGUCCACACAGCUGGCAAGCAGCUCUCCUUUGCGAGGGUUGGAGGAGCAGGCAGCAGUUCUGCUUGGCGGCUGCUGGAUUCGAUGAUCGAAGGAGCUGCUCGUGAUAGUUUUGCCGAUGUUAUCCACCACCGUGGCAGCAGGUUCUACGCCCUCACCAUGAAAGGGGUACUCGUCUCCUUCAACUUUUCCCGACGGAAUAAACCCAAGAGGGAAACCAUCAUCGCCAGGGACGACAAGGAUGUCAUCACCAGGUACCUAGUUUCGGCUCCAUGGGGACAUCUUCUACAGAUACGCGUCAUCCUCCACACGGACCGGAAGAAGGGCGUCAGGGUGGAAAUAGACAGGCUAGACCUCAUAGGCCGCAGAAUGGUGGGACUGUCCCCAACAAAGGCUCUACAAGGACACACGGUGUUCCUCGGACAAAAUAGCCCGGGUGUUUUAUCCGCCGACAAAUUCCCGGAGUUGAGACCAGACUGUAUAUACUUCACAACUCCAUGGCUCAAGAACACAAUUGCGUACGGAAAGCCCUACAACCGAUGGAGGAGCGGUGUAAAGGUUUAUGACUUGAAAAAGCAGACGUUGGAGCAUUCUUUCCAGUGUAGGGAUGAGAGUUACGAAAGAGCCUCUAAUCCGCAGGAGGUCUGGUUCACGCCGAGGCAGCUGCCAUACAAAACAUUCACUGCUUCUCUUCCUUUUCUCUAUGACUCGCAUUAG